AUCUGUAUUCUGCACUUUGCACCAACUCCCAGAAAUUCAGGCCUCUCUCUCUCUCUCUCUCUCGCUCUUCCGAUUCAUAAUGCAGCAGCUCCGCCGCGGCGCGGCCACCGGGACAUUGGUCCUCGCCGUCGUUCUUCUCGUGAUCUCUGCAGCUACGGCUCACAACAUCACGAAGAUUCUAGCGGAGCACCCGGAGUUCUCCACCUUCAACCACUACUUGACCACUACUCACCUCGCAGCGGAGAUCAACCAGAGAACCACAAUCACUGUCUGCGUCGUCGACAACUCCGCCAUGUCCGAUCUCUUGUCUAAGCACCUGUCCAUUUUCUCCGUUAAGAACACUCUCUCGCUCCAUGUCCUCCUUGACUACUUUGGAGCCAAGAAGCUUCACCAGAUCACCAAUGGCACUGCUCUUGCUGCGACUAUGUUCCAAGCUACUGGCACUGCUCCUGGUGCUUCCGGUUUCGUCAAUAUCACCGAUCUUAAAGGCGGGAAGGUAGGGUUUGCUCUUCAGGAUAGUGAGGACAUUGAUGCGAUGUAUGUGAAAUCUGUGGAGGAGAUUCCGUACAAUAUCUCUGUGAUUCAGAUCAGUAAGAUCUUGCCGUCGGAAGUGGCGGAGGCUCCAACUCCGUCUCCGAGUGAGAUGAAUUUGACCGGUUUAAUGUCCGCUCACGGUUGCAAGAUCUUCGCCGAAACUCUCCAGGCUUCCGAUGCUGCAAAGACGUUUCAGGACAACGCAAUCGGUGGAUUGACGGUUUUCUGUCCUCUCGAUGACGUUUUCAAGGCAUUUCUGCCUAAGUUCAAGAACUUGACAGCCGCCGGAAAGAUCUCGUUGCUCGAAUACCACGGUUUACCUGUUUACAUGUCAAUGUCCAUGCUCAAAUCCAACAAUGGCGUCAUGAACACCUUAGCCACCGACGGUGCCAACAAGUUCGAUUUCGUCGUGCAAAACGACGGCGAAGUAGUCACUCUCCAAACUAAAGUCGUAACCGCCAAGGUCACCGGCACGCUUCUCGACGAGCAACCAGUGGCGAUCUACACAAUCGACAAAGUUCUCAAGCCAAGAGAGCUCUUCAAAAAGGAGGCUCCAACUCCAGCACCAGCACCAGCGCCAGAGGAAGACAAACCUGCCGACGCACCAAAGUCUCAUUCUCGUCGCCACAAAGGCCCUCCGGCUCCUGCUGCAGACUCACCAGCAGAUGCACCAUCUAACGACGACGACGAUGCAGCAGAUCAGACGGCGGACGGUAAUGGCGUAGCGAAACUUGACGCAUGGAGAUUCGUUUUGGCCGGAAUUUCAGGAUUGGCAGUUCAUCUUCUACUGUAAGGUCAUCUUCUUCCCCAUAUCGCCGGCCCUAGUUUUUUUCCCCUUUUCUUUUUUUAAUAUAAUUUUUACGUUUUUUUUGGGACUUGCAAUAAUUAUUUUUCGGUAAAAAAAAAAAAAAUUAAAAUUGGUUGUAGUAAAUUUCUGUGCAACGUUUGGGUGUUUGUUUGUUUGUUUAUUUAUUUAUUUAUUUUAGUUUUGGAAGGUAAGAGAUUUUUCAACGGCUGUGAUUGAUUUGGUUUUAUGAGUGGAAGUUUGAGUAUGGUUAUUGUUGUUAAUCACUUAAUUAAUUAAUGUAAAUGUAUGUUAUCAUUGUGAUUUGCUAA